GUGGGUUAAGUGUGCUAAAUGUGGGUUAACUUUUCUAAAUGUAAGCUAACCGUGCUAAAUGUGGGUUAACUGUUCUAAAUGUGGGUUAACUGUGCUAACUGUGCUAAUAGGGUUGGGUAGGGUAACUGCGCUAAAUGUAGGCUUACCAUGCUAAAUGUAGGCUAAAUGUGCUAAGUGUAGGCUAACUGUGCUAAAAGUGGGUUAAGAGUGCUAACGCUGCUAAAUGUGGGUUAACUGUGCUAAAUGUAGGCUAAGUGUGCUAACUCACAUGUUGACAGAGACGGUAUCCCCCGGCAGCAGCCCCCCGUGGCCCUUUCAAAAUUUCCCAGGGGGAAUUUUCUAGUUUAGGUUCUAUCGAUCCAGCAAACCAUUAAACUUCAUAAUGGUUAUUUCGUCAUAUGGUAUGACGGUGCUAGAAAUUUCUUGGAGGCCACAUUUUCACACUGUGCUGGUAAGCAUUCAUACUGUGCAAACAUGAUGUCACUAACUAUAACCUUAACCCUCUCAAUUUAUUCCAACAAUUUUGCGAUGUUUCAUUUAUUAGAUUAUUGUUAUAUGCUUUUUAUGUAGAACGCAUUGGAAUGAUCACACUUAUCUAUUUGGGAGUAUUUUUAAUAUAUAGGUGAGAGCAAAUGAAAACCUGAUUACGGCAGAUGGGAAAUCAGGACAGGGGGAAUCAGUAAAUGAGAUAAUUCUGAGGUCUAAAAACAAAAUGGGACAAGGUCAACAUAUACUUCUGUCGAAAGCGAUGCCUGCCCAGCCGCUUUCCGUCAGGCACUGCAGAGGAGAAAGAUGAAUCAGCAGUCUCUGUUCCACCCUCAUCCCUCCCACUCUCUCUUUCCCCACCUCAUUGUAUUAUCCCCACCCUGUCUCAGAAGUGUUCUCUGCAGUGGUCUACACUGUGGUGACGACGACCAGCAACUCUCAAAAGAUACCAGAGCACGCAGGAAGGAGCUGCUUCAUCAUUCAGCCAUGACAGGGGAGUUGGAUGGGUGCUUUUCCAUCAUGCUCAAGUCUCUGUUUGUGUUUGAAUUGCUGGCAGUUCUGCUGAUUUCAGUCAAAUGUGAACCAAUCUCCGUGUGUAUUGAGGAUGAUGAUGACCUGCGAGUAGACUGUCGGAUCGAUCCCAAGCCCAGUCAAAUCAACAGCUAUGAGUUCUCCUGGUCUUAUGGAUCCAAAGAGGUGCUCAUUAACACCAAUGUGUCGGGUUCUUCAGCAGAGGUGCAGUUCAAAGACAAAAGCUCAGUAGAGGAAUUGGAUCCUCACGGCUACAGAAUGACCCUUACUGGCUUCAGGCAUAGCCUCCCACACAAUACCACCUACAUAUGCAAAAUAUCUGGGUCAUCUGCCAGCAUUACUGUGGAGAAAGAUCAUCUCAUCCCAUGUUCAGCUAUGAGCAUGAUUCAGAAGAACUCCUGGUACUCGAUGGCUUGUCUGCUACUGCUGUUAUAUACUCAGCUAAAAUAAAUAAAACAUGUAGACAGUUUUGUGCAGGGCUACAUGCAUCUAAACACACCUCCUGUACUGUCAACAUCCACAAACAUCCCCACAAUAACACGUUGAAAACAUGUUCUUUUGUUGUUUUGCCAGAAGUGCUGAAACCACAUUAACAGUGUUUUUUUUACGAAGACGGUGCAACAGAAAGCUUUAGAGGUGUAUUUUUAUUUUAGUUUUUCUGCUGCAGAGCUGCACACACUGUAGUAAACCUAUUAAAAUUACUUUGUAAGAUG